AUGAUCGUUUACCAGGACAGGCUUUCCGGCAACGAGCUCCUGUCGGAUUCAUUCUUGUACAGGGAGUUGGAGAACGGCGUGCUCUGGGAAGUAGAUGGACAAUGGGUCGUUCAAGGUGCAGUUGAUGUGGACAUUGGUGCCAAUCCCUGUAAUGAGGGUGGUGAUCAUGAGGGUGGUGAUCAGGAGGGUGUCGAUGAAGAGGCCGUGAAGGUGAUUGACAUUGUUGACACCUUCCGUCUUCAGUUUCUACCAGCUUUUGAGAGGAAGGAGUUUUGCACUUACAUGAAGCGCUACAUCAAGAACCUCAGUGCCAAGCUUGAAGAUGAGGAACAAGAAUGUUUCAAGAACAACAUUGAGUCUGCCACAAAGUUUCUUCUUAGCAAGCUCGCGGAUUUUCAGUUCUUUGUGGGCGAGAGCAUGCAUGAUGAUGGCAGCCUGGUGUUCGCCUACUACAAGGACGGAGCUGCUGACCCAACUUUCCUCUACUUCGCACAUGGGCUGAAAAAGAUCAACUGCUAA